UGUGUGUGUGCGUGCGUGCAUAUAUAUGUAUGGAUGUAUAGGUAGAACAGAUGCAAUGACCUGGCCGGCUCUCGCCAUGGCAGGCAGGGCGUGUGUGAUCACACUUCGGGCACCCUGGUUGGAAAUCUGCGGAUUUAAUGUCAGCGCCGACUUUCUGGGAGCUAAUCUGUCUGCUGAUGUUGCAGGCUGCCCUCCGUGCGGUGUCAGAUCCUAACUGGGCAACGUGUAGUGCUUCACAGUGUUUGUCAGGCAGUGUCAAGGUUGCUUUAAAUCUUUAACGUGAAAACAAAGCAAACUCGACUGCAGGAACUCGCGGAGGUGCAUUUAGCCCAUAAGCAAAUACCGUCGCCCUGAAAUACUGCACGAGGAGGCAGUAACACCUCCAAAAUAGGAGGCGAUGAAAAUAGACACAAUAAAGCUGUCGCGGCAUCCCCUCGAGUCUUUGCAGACGUCCAUCAAAGCCCAGCCUUGCCCAGGCUCUCUCUGCUUUACCUGCUGUGGCCUGUUCGAGUACCGCACAGUUUCCUUCUUGCUUCAUGUUUUUUUUAUAAUAAAACUUGUAUGAACAUUGGCUCCGGUUCCUCUGAGGAGGAAGAAAUCUGCCAGUGCAUAACCCUUGAAGCCAUACUUCACUUGACUGGGAUGCAGAAAGACGUGUGUGUGUGUGUGUGUGUGUGUGUCUACACGGACUUAUUUUUCUAUUGGGGACUCCACCGUUUCACGUUGAUCUUGAAGGUCUUACUUUCUUUUCACUUUGGAGGGGAAAAGGCAGGGGUUGAUUAUUUCGCUCAACUAUUUUGUGCUGGGAAGGGGCAUGGCAAGGAUUAAUGUUCAUGGCACUCCAAAUACCUGCAUUUUCCACGUGCUUAAGGGGAUAGCCCACACCAUUAAGCCUUACUCCUUAGGUGUGAGCAGUGCCAGCUUGCUUAUGUGCGAAGAACCACAGUGGUUAUUUUAAAUCACUGUUGGGCUUGUGCUUGAGUUCUGGCAGCCAAAAAUCAUGGUGAAUUUUAACUUCGUGGAGUUUUGCAUCAACAAAAAGCCAUUAUUGGUAGAUUGUAAGUGAAACAUAACAAGGCAGGAACACUUUCUGAAGAGGUCAUGGCAACUUUUAUAAAUUGGCUAUUUCAAGAUCUUAAUAUAUUAAGGGGGGGUUUAAAUGAAAGCCGUCCAGGGAAUGCCGAAUGGUGCUGGCAUAAUGCUGACUUAGGGUAAGGUAAUACAGCAGGCAGGCUGGAAAGGAAAAUGACAAAUUAUUAGAGUGAUUAAUAAAGGAGCCUUCAGUGCAAAAGAAAUGGAUAUCAGCGGAUUUGCAUGGUGCAGGGUGGUGAGAGACAAUUGGAGAUAUAUAAAUAGACAAGGGGUAUAAAUAUUGAAUCUGAUCUUGUAUUUUAAAGAUUAAUAGACUCAUCUAAAUAUCAGUCCUGUGGUGUUCCGGGUGUCACUGCCGGCUUGACGUCUGCACUAGCAUCAAAAGAAAAAGACAGGACAUGCGAAACUACGGUCUAAAAAACGGAGAGAUGGUGUCGCAGUUCCUCAGACCCCUUCUCUGUCCCUAUCAGCUAAUUAUAGAGCUUUACCCUGAGUUACUCUCCAGAUAAGUGCCACCGUUCUUGUCUCCAGCACCGUUGAAUUAUCCCUAGUGUUUAGAGAGUCCAAACUGAGCUUAAUAACAAUAGGAGUGCUGUGCAGUGCAGUGCAGUACAAACAUCUUCAUUGGAACCCCUCCCCCAUACACACACCUUUUUAUUUUUAUUUAUUUUUCUUGACAUAUUGAUUGAUUUUCUCUGGGGGGUUUUCCCCCUUUUUAAAUCCUCCACCAUGUUGCAUAUAAACAUAGUCUUUGCAAAUGACAGCUGGAAAUAGCAUGAUGGUCUGGAGACACUGGAGGAACCAGGAGGACUAAAGAAACAUUUCAUUGUUGUAACACGCGAGUUCAUUAUUAUUCCCAGACAGAAGGUGAUAUUAGCAUUGCAGGUAAGAAAGGAACAAACACAUUCUUCCGAGAAAUCAAUACGGAAUUCAGGAACGAUUAUGAAUGCCAUAGGAAUGACAUUAAUAAAGCACAAGAGCUCUUUCUACGUUUCUCCCGGAGCCGGCUGCAUAAUUUGCAGUGCGCUGAUUCUUUCCCUUCCUUUCUUUCUAUUUGCAAACAGUUUGAGAUGCCAUAGGACCUUGCUCGUUGUAGCCUAACUCGAUCCGAGAACGAGCAUUUUCAUCUGUAAAUUAAAGCAAUUACGCAGCAGAUAUUAUAUGAUGUGUACUGUGGUCUCCAGAUAGUCAUCAAUCACCCUCAAUCUAGCUGUCAGAGUGGGCAGAUUCGUUUCUGGGAGGCAGUCUUCCAGCUGGGGAGAAGAAGAGAACAUCAUCAUUAAUUAGAGUGUGACCCUGGGGCUAUUCACAUGUCUGAACCCAGGAAGCUCUCCGAGCAAGUCUGCACAGCGCGGCGCAGCCUUCCGCGGCCCCGGCAGCCGGGGCUGGGCGCUGUGCUCGGGCCCCGCUCCGGGUUGCUCUGCUCCGGGGGUGCGCCUGGCCCUGGCACCGCUGCCAGUGGGGUGAUGCCCGCGGACCUGGCCCAGCUGGGGCACGGGGUGCGCUCAGGGCCGGAUGAACGCAGAGGCAAACUAGACACACGCCUAGGGCCCUAAGUGAAGAAGGGGCCCGAUUGUGCUUCUUUUACAUAUUAUGAUCAUCGGGGGGAGGAGGGGAAGUCAUAUAAAUAUACAGUAUUAAGUAGCCCAUUCCUUAUUUUGCCUAGGGCCCACUGAAAGGUUAAUCCGGCCCUAGUGUGCUGGCGGGAGGGGGAGCGAGGCUGCCCACCCCCCGGCCUGCCAAAGCCACCAGGUCUUUUCCCAGAGUCCUCCACCCUUUCCCCCAGCCCCUACCACCAUCCUGCUCCGCACCCGCCCCAUCCCCGAGUGAGCCCUCCACCACCCCAGGAUCUGGGCUUCAGUGCCCCCAAAGGGUGCAUAGGGCCCGGACCCUAAGUUGCAAAUGGCCUUCCUGAGACAGCGGCCCGCCCCCCAGGGAAGCAGGGAGCCGCCGGCCCUGGCCCCCAAGCACUCCAGCUGCGGUGGGGCCCGAUCCCUGCUCCUGGGGGGUGGUUGGGACCUUGGUUGCUGGAAACGUCUGUGUUUCUAUACAAGGCACAAGCUGAGCCUGGCACCGGCGAGCAGGGAAGAAACUCCCCGUACAGGAACCUCCCAGGUCAGAGGGGGUGUCCCCAGGGAGCACCUGCCUCUGCUCCUGGGCUUUCCAAGGCAAUUGAGUAAAGAGAUGUUAGCUUUAAGGGAAAAAAAAUAGAAAGCCAAGCGAUGAACCCGCUGAGGACAAUUUGCCACCCGGCAGAGUGAGAGAGAGAUCGCUACAGGAUCCGGGCCGGCGCUGGCUUUUCUAACCAAGUGUUACCAAGCCAGGUCGCUGGCCCGGCCCGGAGGGGUCCCACCUGCAGCAGGCGUGCGGAUGUCAUCGCACACAUCUGGAGCCAAAGGCAGCAGCGCACAUCUGGAGCCAAAGGAAACAGAACCGCGCGGGUCCUGGGCUUUAUUGUAUUGUCAGCGGCGGGGCUCGUUUUAACUGUUGAUUAAAUCUUCAGUGAAGACUCAGUCGUGUGUCCCUUCAUACGUCUCGUUUGUAAUUGAGACUAAUUAUUACGGCGGGGUGGGAAGAAGCAGCUGCUCAUUAAUUAAUUUCUAAUUAAAAGUGCUUACCAGCUUGCAGUGACUAAGGGGGAAGGAACCUCUUAGGCGGUCGCAACAUUGAUUCUUACCCAGCCAGACCCUGCAAGGGAAAGCGAUUCCGGUGCUAGAAGCAGAGCUAGCUGGUGCCCCGGUGCUUUCCAAACUUUUAGCCCCCGCAUGUGGCGGACUCUCUUUUGUACAGUCGCACCACACACCUAAAGCUACCCAAUAUGGAUGGUAAACUUCCAGCCGGGUGAAUCAUCUAGGAACCUGUGGGCACCGAUCAAUCGGUACAAUAGAGCAGAGGCAGGCUGUAAUAGCGUGCAGAGCAGACGUCUCUCCUCGUUCCUAGAAAACUGGGAGCCUCUGUACCAUGUCAUAUCCUCAGUUCGGAUACCCUUACUCUUCUGCACCCCAGUUCCUGAUGACCACCAAUUCCUUGACUACUUGCUGCGAGUCUAGUGGCAGGACUCUGACAGAGUCGGGGGCUGCCGCCUCGGCUCAGACCCCGGUCUAUUGUCCUGUAUACGAAAGCCGGCUGCUGGCUACAGCCAGACAUGAGCUCAAUUCUGCGGCUGCCUUAGGAGUCUAUGGAAACCCUUAUACAAGCACCCAGGGCUAUGGAAACUACGUUACCUAUGGCACUGAAGCCUCUGCCUUCUAUUCCUUGAAUAGUUUCGACGCCAAGGACGGGGCUGGCUCUGCGCAUGCGGGCAUCACCCAGGCCGCUGCCUACUACCCCUACGAUCACACGCUCAGUCAGUAUCAGUACGACAGGUACGGCACGAUGGACGGGGGCACACGCAGGAAGAACGCCACGCGGGAGACCACCAGCACGCUCAAGGCCUGGCUGCAGGAGCACCGCAAGAACCCCUACCCCACCAAGGGCGAGAAGAUCAUGCUGGCCAUCAUCACCAAGAUGACCCUCACGCAGGUCUCCACCUGGUUCGCCAACGCCCGGCGCCGGCUCAAGAAGGAGAACAAGAUGACCUGGCCUCCCAGGAAUAAAUGCUCGGAGGAGAAGAGACCCUACGAGGAAGAGGAGGAGGAAGAGUCGCAGGAAGACAAUAUGAAGAGCGAGAAAAACGAGGAGCCCGCGAGCAAAGAGGACAAGGAGCUGGAGCUGAGCGAUCUGGACGACUUCGACCCCAUGGAGUCGGAGAGCUCGGAGUGCGAGAUGAAGCCGCCCUUCCCAGCCCUGGAGGGCAGCCAGAUGCGGGCCGCCGACACGUGUGCCGGCGACCACUGCAAGGAGCCUACCCUCAAGAUGCCCAUCCCGGCCGGCGCCAUGGAGGAAGACCUGGAGCGAGCUAAAAACUGUCUCAAGAGCGUGGUGGACGAGUGCGAGCAAGACCUGAUCCACGCCAGGCAGAGGAGCUGCGAGUCCAAAAUGUGCUUCCAGCAAGGGCAGCAGAUCCUGGAGACCAAGCCCAGGAUCUGGUCCCUGGCUCACACCGCCACUUCCCUGAACCAAACUGAGUACCCUUCCUGCAUGCUGAAGCGCCAGGCCGUGCCCUCCUCCGCCGCGGUGUCUGCCCCUGUGGGGGUCAUUGACAGGCACCAGGAUUCCCCAGUCACCAACCUCAGGAACUGGGUGGACGGGGUGUUUCACGACCCCAUAUUCAGACACAGUACUUUGAACCAAGCCCUGAGCAACACCACAGUUUCCUGGGCCACCACCAAAGGGGCCAUUCUGGAAACGGGGUCCCUGGGACGCUCAGUCGGGAACAGUGCCAGCGUGCUCAAAGGGCAGCUGACAACCUUGUCUCACCAGGACUCCAGCAAGGACUUCCUUGCCUUUCCCAAAUCAGGAAGCAAAAUGUUUUGUUCCUAACAGCCCACCACGUGGCAAAGGACUGUCUAGCUACGUGAAGAAUCGGACACACCGAGAAAGAGACUUGGAAGAGUUUAAAUUUAAAAUCUAAAACUUUUUUAAAAUAGCAGAGCAACAACGACAAUAACAAGGAUUUAAUGUUCAGUUUGCUUAGUUAAACGGACAGACUUUCUCCAUUCCUGGUUUGAAGAAUUUCUCUUGGCUGCGACUGGAAGGGAUCAGUGUCGUGAAAAUGAUUUAACUCCAUGACUAAAAAGCACGUACCCUAGUGUAGACCUACUUAAAAGUUUACAUCCAAAAGUUUACAAACGAGAAAUUUUAAUUCAGAGAUUUAAUUUAAGGCAUGCCAACAUUAGUUAUGAAGACUUCUCAGACUUUUUUCCUUCUGAUUUCAUCUUUAGCAUCUAAUUCACAAACAAGCACUUCUACCGAGUUUACACUAUUGCACACAACUUAACUUGACAAAUGAGAUAUGUUAACAGGUAUGUUCACUCCAAUAAAUUGUCUGUUUCAGAGGUUAAAUAAA